AUGAGCUCGCAGCCUGGCGGAGGCCCUCCCCCUCUCCCUCUCACCAUCAACCCCCAAGUCAACAUGCGUCGGGCCUAUGAGGUGGGCAUCAUCAACCUCCGGAUCAGCAUCGAGCGCCGUCAGGCAAUGGCCAACGGCACCCUCCCCUUCGACCUGGAGGAGUUCGAGGCGCUGAGCGAGCAGAUCUGGGAGACCAGGGUUAUGUUCGCCAACCAAAUCCGCGGUUGGGCGAACCCCCUGGACCGCUUCAUCCUCGCCUUCGUCUACCACAUGCUGAUCGGCAGCAUGCCAGAUGCGGACGGCGUGAUCCGCUGA